AUGAUGUCAAACGUGAUGCUGAUGCUACAGUUACAGACACGGCCCCCGCUGGCGCAGCCUCUCUGAUUCUCUCUCCCUCUCUGCGUCCAGUGCUGUGCUUUUUCAGACAAGUGCAUCUGCUAACCAGGUCACAUUUCAGCCACGACCCACCCUCCGUCAGUCACUGGAGUCAGACGGCAGGAGGAGGGCUGAGGAGGACCGCAGCGCUUCGCCAGCGGCGCGGUGGAGGGAAGGACAUCAAAUCCUGCAGAAGUCGAUACACCCCCAGGCCCAGACCACGAUGAACCCCCCGGGCUACGGGCGGCUGGUGCUGCCGCUGCUCCUCUUCGCUGUGGUCGCCUUGGCUGAAGGCGACGCCAAGGGGCUCAAGGAGGGCGAGACCCCCGGCAAUUUCAUGGAGGACGAGCAAUGGCUGUCGUCCAUUUCACAGUACAGCGGCAAGAUUAAGCACUGGAACCGCUUCCGAGACGUGAGCGAGACAGAGGAUGACUACAUCAAGAGCUGGGAGGACAGUCAGCAAGGAGAUGAAGCCCUGGACACCACCAAGGACCCCUGCCAGAAAGUGAAAUGCAGUCGCCACAAGGUGUGCAUUGCCCAAGGCUACCAGCGGGCCAUGUGCAUCAGCCGCAAGAAGCUGGAACACAGGAUCAAGCAGCCUUCUCUGAAACUCCAUGGAGGCAAAGACUCCAUCUGCAAGCCCUGUCACAUGGCCCAGCUCGCUUCAGUCUGUGGCUCUGAUGGCCACACCUACAGUUCGGUGUGUAAGCUGGAACAGCAGGCGUGCCUGAGCAGCAAGCAGCUGGCAGUAAGAUGUGAGGGCCCCUGUCCCUGUCCCACUGAGCAGGCUGCUACAUCUACCACCGAUGACAAGUCAGAGACCUGCACGGGACAGGACCUGGCUGACCUAGGAGAUAGGCUCCGGGACUGGUUCCAGCUCCUGCGUGAGAACUCCAAGCAGAAUGGCUCAGCCGGCAGUGCAGCCAGCCCUGCAGGGCUGGACAAGAGCCUGGGGGCCAGUUGCAAGGACUCCAUCGGUUGGAUGUUCUCCAAGCUGGACACCAGUGGAGACCUCUUCCUGGACCAGACAGAACUGGCUGCCAUCAACCUGGACAAAUACGAGGUCUGCAUCCGCCCCUUCUUCAACUCCUGCGAUACCUACAAAGAUGGCCGCGUCUCUACUGCUGAGUGGUGUUUCUGUUUCUGGAGGGAGAAACCCCCCUGCCUGGCCGAGCUGGAGCGCACACAGAUCCAAGAGGCAGCCAAGAAGAAGCCAGGUGUCUUCAUCCCCAGCUGUGAUGAGGACGGCUACUACCGGAAGAUGCAGUGUGACCACAGCAGUGGUGACUGCUGGUGUGUGGACCAGCUGGGCCUGGAGCUGACUGGCACACGCAUGCACGGGAACCCUGACUGCGAUGACAUCGUGGGUUUCUCAGGGGACUUUGGAAGCGGUGUCGGCUGGGAGGAUGAGGAGGAAAAGGAACCAGAAGAGGCAGGCGAGGAGGCUGAGGAGGAGGAGGGUGAAGCGGGUGAGGUAGACGACGGAGGCUACAUCUGGUAGAUGGCCCUUGAGGGCCUCGGCAGGCCAGGGUGCCGAUGGCCAGAAAGACAGGCCGGAAGAGACCUGGACAACAGCGGGCAACUUAGCAAAUGGAUCCGGAAGUCAGUGUGAAGGACCCUGGCUCCAGCGAGGAGGACUGGAGAGUGUGGCGUGUGUGUGUGUGUGUGUGUGUGUGUGAUGUGCUGACAGAUGUGUCCUUGAUCCAUGCUGCUCCUGGCAGUGAAUCACCCAAAGGCCCCUUCCUCCUUGUAAUUAUUUUCUUUUCCUUUCUGUCGAUUUGAAAAUGCAUACACAUGUACAUACUAACGGACCAAAAUCAAUGAAAGGAGAUGUCCCUAAUUCUGUCCCUCAGCUCAACAACCUGCUAUCACUUACCCUGCUCCACCAGCCCUACCCACUCCUGCCAUCCUCCCUCCCUCUUCUGAGGCCAAAGAAAGGGAGGACAGGUAGCUGACUGCUAGGCAUCCUCCCCAAAUUGGGCUAAUUUGACAUGAAAGCCCCUCCCCCCAUUGUCUGGUGAGAUGAUCCAGGACUCUGUUCACAGCAAGGCUUCAUCUUCUGCCGAUGUCUGAAGAGCCUGUUGCCCGUGUGUCCAGCCACGGCCCUUGGGUUGUCCAUGGUUAAGGACGGCUACUGAUGCAGCCCAAGACAGAACUGUAAACUUACUUAAGACAUAGUUGUUUUUUUGGGGGGGGGGAAGGGGAGGGGUUUCGAUACAGGGUUUCUCUGUGUAGCCCUGCGUGUCCUGGACUCACUCUGUAGACCAGACUGCCCUCAAACUCAGAGAGAUCUGCCUGCCUCUGCCUCCCAAGUGCUGGGAUUAAAGGUGUGCGCCACCACC